AGCUGCGCCGUCGUGAAAGGAGGAGUGCGCGCGCGGUCGUGUCGGACGACGGAGGUUGACGGCUCCGCGCUGGUGUGGCGCCCCCCCGGUCUGUUGCUGCAGCUGCGGUACCGCUGCUCGGAUUCGACGCGCAGGGGCCGCAUGCGGCCCCAACAGGCACGCGAACCCGUGGCCUUCCGGUGUGAACAGCGUGCUGCUCUUGUGCCAUGAGCGUGGAUCUCGUGAGAGCCCUACCCAACGUGACAACCCCUGUCAUCAGCGCGGCGUGCAAGUGUGCGGAACUGUGUACUGCUUUGUACGAAACGUGUGCAAAGUAUCGUGCGCCUCACGCCGACCAUGGUUUUUGAUAUGGAACUGCUUCUUUUUCGUCCACGGCCGUGCGCGGCGGCCAGAGCCUCGAUGCUGUCGCUGCGGCAGCCCGACUACCUGUCUCCGCUGUGCGGCGGCGGCGGCGGCCCGGAGCGCAAGGUGCGCAGCGCCUCGGAGGGGGGCCACGACUGGGCGCCCAUGAGCGGCGCGCCGCCCGUUGAGGCGCCGCCGGCCGACGCCUGGUUCCGGCCGCCCGACUACCCGUCGUUCUACCCACGUAUCCCCUUCCCGCUUGCGGCGUAUGGGGCGCCGCCGCCGGCCUCUCUGCUGGCCAGCCGGCGGCCCUACCCGCAGCCGGAGCCGCCGCCGCUGCCGCCGCCGCCACCGGCGUUCCAGACCCGGCGCCGGUCGCCGCCAAGCCCGCCGUACCGACUGCCCAGUGGCAAGGAGGGCAGCCUCAAGCACCGCAUCCUCCAGCCACCGGCCAGCAUCAACAUCGUUGAACCUCCGGCCUCGCUGCUCGCAGGCGCGCCACUGUCGGCACCACCCGUGCGGAGCCGGGCGCUCGAGGUGCCCCAGCUGGCCGUUGCUGCCAGUAGCAGCAGCAGCAGCAGCAGUAGCAGCGGCCAAGUGCCCGGUGCUUUACACUACCCCGCCUACUUUGUCAAAGGCUCCAUCAUCCAACUCGGCAGUGGCCUGCUCAAGAAAGUUGAGGACUUGCGUACCGAGGAUUUCGUGAGCAGUGCCAACUUGAGUCGAGACCUGCGCAUCGACUCGAGCCGUGUGUUGCGCGUUGCCGAAGCACCCUCCAAGGGCGAUGGCGUCGCGCUGCUGAGCUUCUCAGUCGGCCAAAACCAGGUCCAGGUGACAGUGGAAGCACCGGUGGAACACCCGUUCUUUGUUUUCAACCGGGGUUGGUCUUCCUGCAAUCCCGAGCGCUCUCUGCAGCGCUACCAGCUUCAGUGCCACCGGCUGAGUGUUGGCGAUGUCUGCAUCUCGCUGACACACCGUGCUCGCCGAACAGGGCUGCCCCCACGACCACCCCCUACAGCCCCCGGGGCAGACCCAAUGAACCCGCUGAGCAUCCGUGAGCCAGGCCCCCGCAAGCGUCGCUGGUCUGCCCCAGACCAGGUGGCUCCUGUGUCAGAGAGGACCACGUGAUGCUCUCCUGUAGUGCUGUGAUGACUGGUUUUUUUCCUCGUGGCCUCCCUGCCGCAUUCCUCUCCAGGACCAGUGGCCUCUUCCAGCUGGGAGGAGCAGGCUGCACAUCCAACCACCGUGUGACUUAGCUGUCUACUUACAGAUUUGGGUAUGCAAUGGCCAGUUGAGGGCUCACCGGUUAAUGAGAACUGUGAUGUCGGGCUCCCCAAGUUUGUCCAAGUGUUACGUAUACCCAAAUAGGCCUUUAGACUGCCCGUCACCAUGUGCUAGUCUCCGAGGCACAAAUUGUGCUCUUGGAGACCCAAAGAACUCUCGGUUCCAUAGCAGAGCCAUAUGUACACAAGAUCUCUCAAUCUGGGUAGAAAGACCUCCCAAAGAAUAUUUUUCGAAUGAAAAGGCUCCAUUUUUGGAGCUAGCCGUACCAGGAAAUGUUGCCGAAGGCCAGUUAAAAGGGAAUUUUUGGGAAGUUGUCCAAAUCUAAGUCACCCAGAGAGCUGAGUGCUCCCAUCAAUAUUUGCAGAUGCAAAAUGAGAACGAUCUCACUGCCUGGAGCAAGGCUCAAGGCAACUCCGAAUUCUGAUACUGAGGCUCUCUUGGAAGUUAGCAGCAGACUCCUUGCUCUCUGCAGAGACCAUGCUGGCCAUGGGUGUUGUGUUUUGGCGAUCUCCAGCAAUGUUUGCUACUUGUUUUUUUGUUUGUUGUUUAAUACCUCUGUAAUUGUUUGUGCUCCCUCACCAAACAUGUUUGUUACUGCAUUCGUUAUAUUGCCAUUGUCUGUUUGGGUGCCUCUUCCUUGCUCAGCUAGACAUGCCAUUCUGUAAUGGGCAAAAGUCGUCAGCUCAAGCCCUGGCUGUCUUUGUGGCUGCUUAUGUGAAGCCCACAUUAGUGAUGCCAAAAGGUAAUGGACUAAAGGCAAGUCCAUGUGUUCAUAUUAAAUGCUUACACAGGGUCCUUGUUGACUGAAGCCAAUUGAAAUGCUAGUGAAACCUGCCCCUGCAGAAAUCUUGCUGAAUGUAGGCCACAGCUAGUGUGGGCACAGUCCUCUUUGGAGUGCCAGCAAAAGUCCAGUGCCUUCUUCCUGCCAGAGAAGCCCAGAAACAAGCACUGUCUGUUGCUUCCAAAAAACCGCCAUCAUACAGUCAGUGCAUUUGGAGUAACCUGUACAAGGUGUGUUGUGUACUUCCUACGAGGGCAGGGGCUGUCCCUUUGGACAGAUGGGUUUCAGGGGCCGGUUUUACUGCGCUAUCCAAUGGGCAAGUGCGAAUUUCCUACACAUGUGUUGCCCACACUGUUUGUAAUGGCUGUUCUGUCCAAUAAGGGCACCACCAAAGUUUUGAGACUCCUUCACUUGAUCUCUUAACACCACCGGUCAACACGAAGUGGUAGAAGUGCGAGACUAAAACUUUUUUUCUUUUCUUAUUGUUGUCUUUGAGACAAGUGUUCUAUACCAGUGCACAUACUAUAACUGUCAGUGUUGCUGGCCUACGUACCAAGAUUAAACCAGUGUUUGUUUCUUUCCGA